CUUUCCACCGGGAGGUGAACAGAGAAAUUAUUCAUUUAACAAAACAAAUGGUGCAUCGUUAGUACUUAAUGCAUCCUUAUAUUUCGCACUGUUUUCAGUGGUCUUUUUAGCUAGGUUACCCAGCCCCGCUCGAAGACAAAAAUGGAUGCACUUAACUCGCUCUCACAGACGUACGCACGGGCAUACACAGUAAAAUUAAAUCAAGAUUUGUUGCGUGUGUGUGAAGAGAAGUAGAGGGGGUGGUGCUUCUGGUAGAUUCAUUGAUGAGAGGUAUUAGUCCUCCGAAGGCAAAUCACCCAGGACACAAGACAGCGCUGCAUGAUGAGAUGGUUUCUCAAAGCACGACAUCUAUUUGUUUAUGCCCUAUUCAUCCUUGCAGUGCUCUUCAUUGCCUACAUCGGCCCCUCAUCGGUCAGGUUUUUGGAGGGAUUAAUUCCUAUGGAUAAGUGUCCUUUACUUCCUGGGCAGACACUGCGGCUGGGAGAGGCCGUGGACAACACACUGGACCUGUGGUCCAGAAGCGAUGUUCAAACGUGCACUUAUUGGGGUGCACCUGUGAUGUGGGAUGGAAUGUUUGACCCCAAAGUCUAUGACAGAGUGCACAGAGAAAAGCGUUCAUCUGUGGCACUGACUGUGUUUGCUGUUGGAAGGUACCUGGACGCCUACCUCUCAGAAUUCCUGCGCUCCGCGGAGCAGCACUUCAUGCCGGGCUUACCCGUGACGUACUACGUGUUCACCGACUCCCCGGAGCGGGUGCCCGAAGUGCGGCUGGGCCCGGACCGCGCCGUGGAGGUGGUGCGCGUGCAGAGGCACCACCGCUGGCAGGACAUCUCCAUGAUGCGCAUGAAGACCAUCACGGACGCCAUCGACCAGCUCAUCCGCCACCGGCACCAGUACGUCUUCUGCCUGGACGUGGACCAGGUGUUUGUGGGCCGCUUCGGUUCGGAGGCCCUGGGGGACUCCGUGGCCCUGCUGCACGCCUUCUACUACCACCGGCCCAAGGUCUUCUACACCUACGACACCAACCCCAGGUCCGCCGCGUACAUGGAGACCGGCGACUUCUACUACCAUGCGGCGGUCUUCGGCGGGUCGUGGCAGAGCGUGAGGAACCUGACGGAGGGCUGCUUCCGAGGCAUCGUGGAGGACCAGCGGAACCAGGUGGAGGCCCUGUGGCAGGACGAGAGCCACCUGAACAAAUACCUGUGGCUCCACAAGCCCAGUAAGGUGCUGUCUCCGGAGUACUGCUGGGCGAAGGGAGUCGGGCAUCGCAGAGACAUCCACGUCACCCGCCUCCUCUGGGCCGACAAGCACUACAGCACGCUCAGGUAUCCCACGUAGGCACCGAACUCAGUCUGCAAAAGCUAUGCAGCUCCACUUACAAAUAAUAAACAAUUGCAAAAAAAUAUUUUGGAGCUGUUCUAAGAGCAGAAAAACUAUUUUUUCCCAGAAAACUUAGAUUUUCAUAUGUGACCUUGAAAAAAGCAACAACGUUUAAAACAAAAAAAGAGAAGCACGUCAUUUCUCUGGAACUUGGAGUGGUUUUUGUGGCACGAAAAAGCUACCCACACCUUCAUGCAUACAAGCGCACACAAACGCAUACAUACACACACACACACACACACACACACACAAACAGACACACUGCAGUACUUUCCCCCCACACUCACCUAUGUUGUUUUGGUGAGGAUGGAAAUACCCUGUGAUCAAGUGAUGUUCUUCCCAGGCUCUGCAAAGUGUUUGUGGUUUCUAAUAUUUAUGGGAAUCUAUCUUAAAUUAACUGUAGGCUACUUACUGCACUCAGCCUGCAUUGUUUUUCAGGCUUGUACUCAAUACUGUAACUGCCCUGUAACUGUCAAUUUUCAGUUAGAACUCUGCUGCGAGCACGCUGUCCAAAAUAGAUCGAAUCCCACAGACCACCUCCUCUUUCUGUCUAAGAGGUGUGUGCUCACCCAGAGUUCUGUACAUGUUCAGUAUUUCUCCGGCCGUCCCUGGGAAGUCAUGGUCACGAGAAGGAUGGACGAAGCUGUAAAUAAAAUAAUAAAAUCACAAUAAACUGCUCUCCCCAAA